GGACCUCUCUCCACGUCAAGAUUAAACUGAAUCUUAAAUUAAAUCCAGUUUUCAGCUGAAUCCGAAGUGUUUAAAUAAGGAAAAGCAUAGCAACACUUUUAUUUAGAACUAUUUACUCAAAUAUCCCAUUGCAUUACCGACCAAAUAAACCAAAAUUAUUUAACUGUUUUUUAUUCUAAUAAAAAAUUCUAAAAUAUGAAAUAACUCAAUUUUUGAAAAUCUUGAAAUAAGAAAAUAACUGAAUUGAAACAAAUUUAGAAGAAAAUUACUCGUUUCUCACCAUUGUCUUAUCCUUAUUUAUUUUAUCGAUUGAUAUGAAUGUUGAUAUGAAUUUGGUUCUCGUCAUAUUGUUGAUCAGUUCUUGCUCUUGGCAAGCUUGCCAAUGCUUGCCUCUAGCGAAAAUGGUGGCGGUACCGGAGUCUCCGGAUGUUCUGAUAGAAGCGCCGAAAAAGGAGCUUCGUGAAAAUUUGAAAGGAGAAGACGGAGCGGAUGAGAGCAGCAUCCAGUUCUCUACCGAAGGAGAGGAGGACUCGAAGCAGAUGCAGCAGAGAAACGACAGGUACAGUUCACACAACAAUGGAGCCGGCCUCAUUGUUGACAAGCCAAAAGAGGAACAGAAGAACAAAUUCAUCAGUCGCAGUGAAAGUGAAAAGGAGGCGAAGCUGAUCGAGAAAGACCAACUGUGGGCGUCGCUGACGGAUGCACAGAAGGCCAAACUGGCUGGGAGGGACGAGGGACAUCUAAGUAAAGACCAGGCUGGUCCAGAUAUGCCAGAACACCACCCAGAAAUUUCCCUUGAAGAAAUGCGCAACAUUGAGAGUCCUGAUCCUGAGAAAGACGAGCACAAACAUAUGGAGGACGACCACCAGGGACCUCGGAUGCCGGAACACGAUGUUGCCAAGAUGGAGAGACCCAGGAACAAAAUACAACAGGUUCAUAAUCAUGCUGAACGGAAGGGGGCUGGUCCAGAGUUCCCUGAUCACGACAUCGAAACAGGGCCUAAAGUGGAUCUCCAUAACGACACAGGAGAUCAUGCAGCUGAGCAAAACAAAACCAGAUCGAGAAGACCAGAUCCAAACCCAGAGGAUUUGGAGCGGCUAGCCAAGACGAUACAGUUGACGAAGGAGUUGGCAUUACAAAAGGAAAGGGAAAAAGAAGCGGAGGCUAGAAGUAUCGAGAAAAUGCUCCAUGAAAAAGUGGAAGACAGCAAAACUAGAGAUUAUUUGAAACUAUUGAUGAAACAGCACAUUUUUCCCAAAAAGGAUCAGCAGAAAAAUGGACGAAUAAUAACUGACAACCCGGAAGAGCUGGACAAAAUAAAAGAAGACGAGGAAGAAAUUUUCAAGUCAAUAGAGUUGGAAGCGAAUGAGUUCUUAGGACUGAUAAACAUGAUAAUCCGAGACGAAAAGCGACACAUGUCGGAUGAGUAUUUUAUUAUAGUUGAGCAGAAGGUUAUGGACAAUGCGCUGAAAACGAUCGAUUUUGAGGCAAAGCAAAUGGGAAAAGGAUCGGCUAGAGACGGAAGAAAAACUCUGAGGGAAUGGGUUCGAGGCUUCAUCAGACUUCAUACUCCAAUUGUGCACGAUGAGAACUGAUUUUAAACUUAAAUGUGUUUAUGAUCAUUUAAAAAUAUUAUAAAACUGAUUACUUCAAUAUUUGAACACUUUCGAUC